CCAAUGAAGUCUUUGCUUUCUCUAGAUACCACUCAAUGAUUAAAGGAAAUAAUGCCCUCCCACCAGAGGAUCGUCUGCUGAAGUUCCUUGUGGACAACAACGCAGAUGUUGAGGAGACGGUGCUUUGUGCCAACUGUGACCAAGAAAGUAACAAAAAGGACACAGGGCUGAUGUACUACUGUAACACUUGCAGCCAGCCACUUUGUACCACCUGCCGAGAGCUGACACACAAGGCCAGAAUGUUUUCCCACCAUGAGAUUGUGUCGUUGGCCAAACGCACCAAAGCCAAACACAGAAAAUGCUCUCUCCAUGAGGAGCCCUACAUUCUUUUCUCAACAGAGAAUAAAUCAAUGCUUUGCAUCAAAUGUUUCAGAGACAUGCAAGUGGAGAGUCGAACUCACUGCAUUGACAUUGAAACAGCUUAUGCACAGGGGUGUGAGAUGUUGGACCAGGCUGUGCUGGUGGUGAAGGAGCUGCAGACCUCAACCGGAGAAGCAAUCCAUCUGCUGAGGGCAAUGAUCGGGGAAGUGUGUCUGAAUGUGGAGGAAGAAGAAAGUGCAAUCUGUAGUCUGUUCAACAGCUUGCAGGAAAGGCUAGCAGAGAGGAAAAAGACUCUGCUGAAAGCAGCUCAGAGUCAGCAUGAGGAGAAGGAGAAAGCAUUAAAGGAGCAACUGUCUCACCUCACUGCUCUACUUCCAACACUUCAGGUCCAUCUGGUCACCUGCUCAGCCUUUCUCAGCUCAGCCAACAAAUAUGAAUUUCUGGAUAUGGGAUAUCAACUCAUGGARAGGCUGAAGAGGAUUGCGAAACUCCCUCAUCGACUGCGGCCAGUGCAAAGCAGCAAAAUCAAUACUGAGUAUAGGAGUGAGUUUGCUCGUUGUCUGGAGCCUCUGCUGCAGCUGGUAUCCCGCCGUCCUCCUUCUGUCGCUGGUUCCACAAGUGUCGUAACAAGGCUCCAGUCCCCUCUCUCGUUACCCUGCCACUCUCCGUCUCUCGGUGAGAUGCCGGUGGGCUCGGUGUUUGGGCGAAAGCUGACAUCUCACAGGAAUAUUUGCACUAAGGUCCUCCUGGCUGAGGGCAGGGAAACCCCCUUCACUGACCACUGCCGCAACUACGAGAAUGCCUACCGGACUCUGCAGACAGAGAUUCAGAAUCUGAAGGACCAGGUCCAGGAGAUGCACAGAGACCUGACCAAACACCAUUCCAUCAUCAACACAGAUAAAAUGGGAGAGAUCUUGGACAGAUCCCUGAAUAUUGACAAUCAGAUUUCUACUCAGUACUCCACCGUGGAAACCAUGAGAGUUAUGUUUGAAGAGAUCUGGGAUGAAACUUUGCAGAUGGUGAAUAACGAGCAGGAGAUCUAUGAAGCUCAGCUUCAUGACCUGAUGCAGCUGAAACAUGAGAAUUCUUACUUAACCACGAUCGCCAGACAGAUCAGCCCUUACAUCCUGUCAAUCGCUAAAGUCAAAGAGAGGCUUGAGCCCAGGUUUCAGGAGCCUAAGGAGCAUCUUGACGAUCGCACCGAAACGAUGCUGAAAAUCUAUGAGGACAGCACAGUGCCAAAGGACAGUCAAGACAGCGACAACCAGAGUUAUGUCACAGAUCAAGACAGAAACAAGAACAGCCGCAACCUGAUGCUGGAGCCAGCGGAGAUUUCUGUGAAGAGCAGUCGAGCCAGCAGGCAGCGGGGCCCUGUGGAGACGUCCAGCAAAAAUGACAUUCCUUCGUAAACACCAUGUCAUUUCUUUUCUGAACCGGGUCCCUUCUCCAGUGGAACAGCAUGCCUUAAUUCAGCCAUAACAAGCCCAGGAUGGUAUAUGAUGUCCUCGCCUGCUGACAUAUAGUGCACAGUACAUGACAUUUUCUCUGCAGCGAGCUGUCAACAGCUCCAAGGUGAGCUCUCGGAUUGACACUAACUGGAUGUACGUGAAGGCCGGAAACUCACAGUUGUUUGAGUCCAAUGUUGACAAUCUUCUUUGUUCAUAGAGAGCAAAGAUGACAGCACUGCAGAAAAUUACUUUAUUUAGAUUAAUGAGCCACCUUAUUGAAAGAGAGAGAGACUAAAAUCUGACCUCUCAGGAUUARUUUUUCAUGUUGUGUUUCUAAACUGUUAAUGUGAAGUGUAGAGUUGUAUGGGUUUGCUUUUUGCACAAUGUAUUCAUUGCAUAAGUCACUUUUAUGAUGGGUUGUGGUGAGUCAGGGAUGACAGGUCAGUUUAAUUUCCUCAUACCGUUGGAAAACCUGUGACUGCACAUUAUUGCAAAUGAAGUUGUAUGUUGAUUGUGGCAUAUUAGACACGUCAUUUGAAUCAUGCCCUGCGUCCUAUAAAAUAAAGCAAUGUGUUGACACUUUUUGGCAUGCAGUUGCUACAAGGAAAAGGUUAAUAGUGCGACUGAAAACGUUACACACAGAUGGAACAAGAUUCUUUACCAGUUUUAUUUCCCCCCCCCCCCACAUCAUUUUUACCUUCUAUCAUCCUGCUGAUCAAGAUAACACAAUAUUCUGUGUGAAAUCUAUUUGAUCUCCCUCUCAAGUGUUUCACACAUCUUGGUGUUCGGAUGAUUCAUCAGCAGUCUUAAAUAAAAUGUAGCCCCACUUCACUGWGCAUGUUUUAGAUUUCUGCUUGCUCAACACAACUGGAUUCAAAUGAUGCAUCUUUAAAAGCUACUGCAGAACUAGCACUGUUUUCAAACUCACACGUCAAACACUAUAUUUUGCAAUAUGCUAUAUAGUGAGCUCUCUUUUUGUUCCGGUGUCUAAAAUCUCAACUUUGACAUCUUACCAACUUUAUAGUGUGCCAGACAUUUGCUUUAUAGUCCAGCAAUUGUUGCGUUCAGUGGUUUUCGAUCCAUUAAUCAAUUGUUUUCCACAGAUAACCGCAACAAAUCUAGGAGCGAACCCCAGACAUCCCUCUCCUCCAUGACAUCAUCUCCCGGGGUGAUCCCAGGGCGUUCCUAAACUACAGAACCUCCAGCUUGACAGUGCUAAUUUGGUUCCAUGUCAAAUGACUUCUAUGCCAAUUUGACCCUGAUUUCAGCCCUGUAUAUUGCCAGAUAGUCACAAACAAACAAACAUGCUAAAAUCAUUUAAAGGUUUUUGAAAAUUAAAGAGAUAAUAAUAAAUUGACCAAAUUAUCUUAUCUCCAUUCUAAUUUCCGGAAACAACAAUUUCCCACCUUGUUCCACCAAUUGUGGUGUGUAUAUAUAUAUAGCAGCAUUUGCACUGCUAAUAGAUCUGCAACUUAGCACAAAACAAUAAUUCAAGGUGAAAUUUCUUCACAGCUGCCAGGGGCACAGAAAGCUAGGGUGGCCCCUAUUCUCGGUGCAGGUAUGUAUGGAUAAUAAUGAGGAAGUAGACUGAUGGCCUCAGCAAACAGAAGGAGAAGGCUAUUUACAUUGCACAGCCAGCGUAAAAGUGGGCUUGUUCACUUCCCUGGAAAUAUUGGGGUCAUACUGGCCUUAAGGAAUGGCAGUGCUCUGCAGAGGAGUCAGAGGUGCAGAUUCAUUAAAAAUACAUUUGUGACAGCGGAGUAACAAAUGGCUGUGCUUGUGCUCUGGUCCUUUACUCUCUCCCCACGGUCAUUCAUCAUGUGCACUCAUCGAACUACCAGCCUCAUGUUGGCGGUUCAUUAUUCUCCCCUUCUCUAAGUCUCUGCUUCCUCACCCACUGUGUGCAGGGGCGGAAACAAAAACCAUGAAAGCUGUUUCAGUCCUCAGAAAGAUUUAUUUUGAAAGGCAUUUUCAGUGCAUGGCUCUCAUUUUUGUAACAGCUGGACAAAAACUGCCCAAUUCUCUUUGAAAAACAGAUAGUGGAAGAGACGCUGCCCGGCCAUCGUGACGAGAAAGAAAAAGAAAAAAGAAACAAAAGUAGUAGAGAAUAAUAAGAAUAUGAGGGGGAAAUAAAAGUUUAAUGAGCUGCAUGCAAAAAAUGGGUCACUGAAAGCAUAAAAGUAAAGCUGUGAAAGGAAUACAAUUAAAAUAAAUACAGCAAAUUAAGAAAAAACUGCAACUGUUAUAUAAUUAUAAUGGCAAUAUAAAUAUGCUGAAUACAGAACUCUAAUUACCCUUAAGCUUUUCUGGCUGGUGAUAGAUGUAUUUUUAGAUCUUUUUAUAUUUUUAUCAGUUAAAUGAAUCUUUUAUAUACUAUAAAAUAAUAAGAUCCAUUCCAGAAAGGGUUGUUCUGGGUUCUGAAUCGCAUUUAUUAAACCUGUGUUUCGUGUUUUGUGGGUCGUUUAAAAAGGCAGUGAAUUCAGUGGUAACAUCUCACAGUACAAACAGUAUGAUGUCUUUAAAAAUCAGUUUGCAUAAAUUGUUAAAUUAAGAGAAAACAUCCAGUUCCCUACCGGUGUAAUAAAACUGUUUUCUCAGCAGAAGCUUGUUUUCCUGCAUGGGGCCAGGUAACUUCCUACUGGCUCUUUUCUCAGUCCAAAAUUAAAAAGCGAGGCCAAUACAUUCAUGAGUUGUUGGUACAUUUUCAAAGAGCGAUUUCUUGUUUGUGUGUUAAAAUAAAAAUCACUGGCCAAUUCAUUAGGCACACCUCUUUAGCUUCCGGUUGGACCCUCUUUUCCCAAUUGCCUAAAAUCUUUGCGAUUUAAAUUCGACAAGGUGUUGGAAACAUUUCUCAGAGAUGUUUGUCCAUGAUAGUGUCACAGUUGAAGCUGUUGUUUUUGCUACAUGUCCAUCAUAUCCAACAGGGACUCUGAGAUGAGCCUGGAAACCAAUACAGUACAAUAAUCUCAGAGUUGUGUUCAAGAAACUAGUUUGAGAUGCUCCAAUGGUUCGUGUUAUUCAAGUUUGUGCAUUUUUUAAUAAGAAUUAAAAGCUAGCUUUUGUCAGAAGUAGCUGGUUGAAUUAACAAUACACAACAUCUGUUAGAGUUUACAGGUCUUACACAGCUAAAUUUGUAAUGUAAUGACACCAGGGUCUUCAAAUUCAAGUUAUACACAAAAAUUCAAGUUUUGUGUUGAGAAAAUUUAACUAUUCAGAAGAACUGAUAGCCCACUAAUUCAUAUUUUAAGCAGUCUUCUCUCUGCCUCAACUAAAAAAGAGAAGCUCUGAUAGACUAUAAGUCUGUUUCUUUGUGUUUACUUUGUUUCUUCUUGUUUGCUAACAAAUAAAACCAAUCUGUUCCUUCCAAAUAGUGGGGGAGCUGUUGACCUCCGUCUCCACUGGAAAUUGAAGACUGAAGAGUUAGUUGGAAUCAAUUUCGAUGCCAUUAUUGCUGAUGGCAGAUGACCAAGGGUCUGGUGUGAAAAAGGUCAAGGUUGGAUGUGUCCUCUUUGGGAAAUCAAGACGCUUGAGGCAUAAAAAUGUCAUCAACGAAUCAAUUUCACAUAUGAAAAUUUUUUCCACCCAUCGUUGGAAGUUCCAAGCAUGACUGCUUCUUGUAAUAAAUCAUGCAACCGAA